CUUGAAUUCAUUGCAUUUACCAGCAUUCACCGCAUUCCUAGUACUUCUGUCAAAAUAUAAAACGUAUUUUGGUGGGAAAUUUCUUGUUAUUUACAACUGUUUACAACUAAUAUCCAGUUUCAAUAAUUAAUGAGAAAUAAGAAUGGAUGAAGAUUUCGAUUGUGUUUAUGACGGUUUGGAUGAGCCAUUAAUUGCUGUUGACAAUCAAAAGUUAAAAGAUGAUAACUAUGUGCUGUCAAAGAAAAUUCAUGACUUGGAGCAGGCCUUACAUAGUGCAGAUAAUGAAAUUAUGACAUUGCAAGACAAAAAUAAUGUAUUGGCAACAAAUAUAUCUGAGUUAUACAAUACUGCAAAGCGAGAGAUUGAAAGAAAGGACAGAAUGAUUAUGGAGCUGAGGAAGCAGGCAGAGAAUUUACCAUUUAGGUCACAAGGUACCAGAAGUGAUAGAAGGUUUACUAACCAGCUGCAUGAAAAUAGUGAUUACUCGAAGAAUAAUGACAUGGACAGAAUCAAGAGAUUCAAUGAAACUACUAAGAAACAAAACUUGAAAAGGUCAAUGCACAGAUCCCCUCAUAGGAGUAGAACAGAUAGAAGACAUUCACCAUCUAGAGACAAGAGGAGAUAUGACAGAUCUGUAUCACCUAAGAGAAAAAAAUCAAAUACUCCAACAAGAAGUAGACAUAGCAGGCAAACAGAUUAUAGCAAUCGAGAUCGCAAAUCUAGUUCAUCAAGGCAAGAUGAUAGGAGAAAAUCUAGAGACAAUAAGAUAAAUUCAUCACACAUGUCUAUUUUUGAUAGUGUUAAUGAAGAUACAAGAUUUGAAGAUUAUGGAAGUCCUGUCUAUGAUGGAAGAAAUGAUAAUUUUGGUAUGAGUUUUGUAAGAGCCAAAUCUAAAGAAAUUAAAAUUGUAGAUUCAAAUAUACCAUUAGAAUCUAACAACCUAGAGCAAGUUAAGAAAAACAGGAAAAAAAUCGACUUAAAAGAUUAUCUCUGUAGAAAAAAUACAGAAAAUAUGGAUGAUCACAAUAUUACAGAGAAAUUGAAAGAAGAUGUAUUACUUUCAAAAGAAUCGCAAGAUGUGGUUAAUAAAAAAUGCAGCGAAGAAUUCAGCAAAACUGAAAAUAAUCAGAUUUUAGAAAUUGUUGAAAUUAUUGUGAAUCAAAGUGAUAUCAAAAAAGACUUGGAACUUAAAGAUACUAAAGAUGAGGUUGAAUCUGAAAUAGACAAGGAUUAUGACCAUACAAUGGAAAUCUGUGAAUUGGUUGAAGAUAUUAAAAAUAAUUGUAAUGAAAAAGUUGAAGACUGCAAUAUCAGUGAAGAAGAAAAAAGUAAGAACAGUAUUUCAAAUAUGAAUGACUCAUGUGAAAAUGUAACUGGAAGUCAUGUGGAUAUAAUUAACAAUAAAACUUCAGAAAUAUCUGGAGAUGAAAAAAUACAAAAUGUUAGUGUUGGUGAUUGCCAUAUAACAAUGGAUUCUAAUCAAGAAACAGAAAACAUCCAAAUUCAGGAUGAGAAUAAUCUUGAGCAUGAAAAUAAUAAAAUGCAUUUAUUUAAUGGCAAUAAAUUAAUUCAAUGUAAGGUAGAAACAAAUCUAGAAAUUGAAAGUCAUGACCAGCAAGGAGAUACAGAGAAUCAUUCCAAGUCUAAAGAAGGGAUUGAUGAGGUUGAAUUGGUUUACAAAAUGGGCAAUGAGCCUGAAAAAAUAAUCCAGUGUGAAUUACCCAGAUAUAGUUAUGUUACAAAAUAUCCUAGGAAACGGAGAAUGAGAAUUACAAUGGAGAAUAACAUUACCUUUGUUGGUGAGAAUUCUCAAGUUAAAUAUGCUCCACACAAUACAGACAUUUUGUCUAAAGAUAAUAUUGAUAAAGAGCAGAAGGCUAUUGCUGAAAGCAAUGUUUCUUCAAAAAGCAACAAUCAAUCUUUGUUGGUUGAAUUGAAAACUGAAGAUAUGGAAACAGAUGAACAGAGGAAUAAUAUAUUGGAAGAUGAAAUGAAAGAAAAGGAUCAAGAUGAGAAGAAAAAUGAAUUGGAGAAAAAAGAGAUGGAAACGUCAAAGGAUAAUGUUGAAAUCAAAUCUGAAAAUGAUAAUGAAAUAAGCAUAAGUGAUAAUUUGAUUACCAAUGUAAGUACGCUUGAACCUGUACAAGUAAAAGAGGAGAUAAAAACAGAAAAUAAGAAUUCAAUGAUAAUUAUUAGUACCAGCAAAGUUGUUAGGAGCAGGAGACGUUAUAUAUUCAAAAAAAAUACAUAAAAAUAUUACAUAUUGAGUU